AUAUUAAGAUCUUUUUCUUUUACCGUUUCUCUGGGAUUUUAUUUUCUGGGGAUUUUGCUUUGAAGAAGAUGGGUGAGAGUAGGCAGACUGGGAAGGUGAAGUGGUUCGAUGAUCAGAAGGGGUAUGGCUUCAUAACCCCCGACAACGGCGGCGACGAUUUGUUCGUUCAUCAGUCCGCCAUCCAAUCCGAGGGUUUCCGUAGCCUCGCCGACGGCGAAGAGGUCGAGUUCGUUAUCGAUUCUUCGGAAGGCCGCACCAAGGCACUUGAAGUUACUGGCCCCAACGGCAACCCCGUCCAAGGCGCCACGAGAUCCGGACGCGGCGGCGGUGGAUAUGGCAGUGGCGGUGGAUAUGGCGGUGGCGGUGGAUAUGGAGGUGGUGGAUCGGAUGGGUAUGGUGGAGGAGGUAGAAGAGGUGGAUAUAGCGGCGGUGGUGGAGGCGGAGGCGGCGGUGCUUGUUAUAAGUGCGGUGAGAUGGGCCAUUUAGCACGUGAUUGUGGACAGGGUGGUGGCGGCGGCGGCGGAGGCAGAUAUGGAGGCGGUGGAGGUGGUGGAGGUGGAGGUGCUUGUUAUAACUGUGGAGGAUCUGGGCAUUUCGCUAGGGAGUGUCCCAAUAGCGGUCGCUAGUUUCGAAUGCUGUUAAAUGUGUGUUUCACAUCUCCAUUUGAACCACCUUCUCUCUUUCGCUCCUUUCGUUUUGGUUAUUGCUAUCCUAUGUUAUGGUACUUUAUGUUUCUUUUUUCUGGGUUUAUGAAGAUGGAUUGAUCCUAGUCCUAGUCGGUUUACUUGUUUUCGUUUCUUGGGUUUUUGAUGUAAUGGGCUCUUUCCUUGGUCUUACAGUGGAGUGGAUUUUAGUAUUGAUGUGGACAAUGAUGAAAA